GAGUUUCGAUAACAGGGUUUAGAACUCUGUAUGAUACAAAAUUUCCGGAACGAUUACUUGUGCCGCGGCUAUAAUGGCUCCCUACAUUGUUCACCCAUGGUUAAUCAUUUCAAUUGCCGCAGUCGUGCCUCUUCGCGUCUCAGCUGAACAACCGAAAAAAAGUGCUCCACAGAAGAGGACAGGCCCAUGGAAGUUCAUGAAUACUGGUGUCAUUUACCUAAACUUGACUACGAUGAACACAUCUGGAAUAUUGUGCAAAGCAGCAAUGAGAACAAAGUUGAAUGCUACUGCCAGAACCUUUUCUCAGGACAUAGGAAUCAGAUACCAUGAUGCCUGGGAUUAUAAACGUGUGGAUUACACACAAAUACGGAGAAACAAUACACCGGUGAAAAGAUUCACAUCGGUGAACAACGAUUGGUCUGAUGUUUAUGCUGAAGAAAAUCCCUCAGCAUCGUAUGAUCUAUUUGUGUCCAAAGUGAAAGAAAUAUACAAUGUAGCAUUUCCUUUCUCCCCUGUGGUCGGCCUAAAAGAGCUAGAAAAGAAUGGAAACAAAUGAAUACACAAUGUACACAUUCCCAUACGUACUAGAUGAGUGCGCUGUUAUAAAGAAGCAAACAAAUACAAGUCGAGGACCCAAAAACGUCUGCGAAUUAUGGGUGAAUUACAAGUUCUUUGAAAGGAAACCUGAAGAAGUCUACCUCUGCACAAAGAAAUUUCAAAAUCAUUGCAAAGUCUCGAACGCUACACGCUACAACAUUGAAGACUGCCAUGCAAGUGUGGGUAAACUAAUUCUAAUAGCAUAAACAGCGUCGCACAUUCUUCACAAACAACAUAAGUAGUUGUUAACAAGAACAUUUUCACAAUAAAUUUAUUUGCAACCAUUU